AUGACCCAGAAGGUGGCACAAAUCCAACAUUUUACCAAAGAUUUGAGAGAACAAUAUUCAACGUCUAUUUCAACUUACUUUACAAGUACCUACUUCUGUCAAGGCUAUGAUCAAAAUACUCUAGCGAAAUACUUCGAUGAUAUUCCGCCGCUGGAAGAUUUAGCUCGAGAAAUAAAAUUCUUAUUACAAUAUACUAGCUUUACAUUAACUGGGCCAACGUUGCUGCCUGCCAACGUUAUAGAAGUAAACGGAUAUCAUGUGGAGAAACCAAAAUCAUUACCUAAAGAUAUACUGACGUUCAUAGAAGAAUCUGAACAUGGGGUGAUCUAUAUCAGUUUUGGAUCCAUACUGAAAGCAGCGACGACUCCUCAAGAUAAAGUUGAAGAAAUCCUCGCUGCUCUGUCUAAAUUACCUCAAAGAGUCUUAUGGAAGUGGGAUGAAAAAGGUUUACCUGGAAAUCCAAAAAAUAUUUAUUUGUCAAGCUGGUUCCCGCAGAACGAUAUAUUAGCGCACCCUAAAGUACUGGCGUUUUAUUCACAUUGUGGACUACUGGGAACUACGGAAGCCAUUCAUCAUGGGGUUCCUGUUGUUGGCAUGCCCAUUUUUGGAGACCAACCGUCUAACGCAAAAUUUAUUGAAGAAAGUGGACUGGGAGUACAAAUACAAGUGGCUGACUUGAACAGAGAAAAUCUCUUGAAAAAGUUCAAGACCAUUCUUGAUCCAGAAUUUAGGAGCAAGGUAAAAUCUCUUUCGAAGGCAUGGCGUGAUCGACCGGUGUCAGCGAUGGAUAGCGCUGUGUUCUGGACAGAAUUUGCUGCACGAUACAGGAACUUUACAUUUACGAGCCCUGCAGCUACAGUACCUGCCUACCAAUAUUACGCAUUAGAUAUACUGUCUUUAUUCUUUGUUAUUAUACUAACAUUUAUUCUUGUUACCAUAAAAAUUUUGAAAUCACUUAUGUCUCCUAAGAAAAUCCUUAAAAAUAAAACCAAGAAGCAAUAGUAUGUUUUUUUUAUCAUAAUAUCUAUUUAUGGAAUAAAAAUUUCGUUGUUUGAUGUUCAAAAAAUCGUACGAGUUAAAAUGUCUAACUACUUAAAUUAAUGAUUUUGUCUACGACCCUGAAAAAUUAUUUAAGAGAUUACGGAAAUAAAUGAUAAUUGAAUCCAAUGCAGAGCGUUGUGAUGCAAUUUGUGUUAUUAA